AAAGCUCGAAGGGGCAGUUUGAAAAUACUCAUCGUCGCGGUUACAUGCGUACCCCGGCGCUGCUCUAAGUACGUACCCUUAAGAUUAUAGUGGUGUUCGAGAAAGAGAAAAAAACCAGAUAACGCCGUUAUCAUAGCGUGAUCUUUUUUUUUUUUUAUACUAUUACGAGGUGGUUUUUUUCUGCCGUAGGUUUCUCGAAUUCGGAGUACGACUAAUCAGCGGUCCAGUCCGGGGAGUACAACGAUCCGAUUCCACACACUUAUCGGACAAAACGCCGCGACGACGAGUCAAAUGUGAACCUUUUUUCCAUACUAACACUUUCGCUAUGGUGUUAUGAGGAAUGAAAAGGUGUUUGGUACGAGAUGUGGAGGACGGCUAUUACCGGCCGGUUAGAUUUCGACCAAAUCAAGUAAUCGCUGCUUUACUUUCGGUGACCUUUAUAACGUUAUUUAUCGGAUUCCAUAUCAGUUUGUACGACAACACGAUAUACCAAAUGCAACUAGCACAACAGAUACCCUCGGAUUUGAAUCAGGAUUUUAUAUUCGUCGACGAGUACGCUUCUUCGGCUACGAUAAACGAUUCGCAAGGUAAUACCGCCAAAAGAAAGGAUCAUUUUUCAAAAACUAGAAGAAGACUGCCUCAAGCCUUAAUCAUAGGAGUACGAAAAUGUGGCACGAGAGCUCUUCUAGAGAUGUUAUUUCUACACCCACGAAUCCAAAAAGCCGCCGGAGAAGUACACUUUUUCGACAGAGACGAUAAUUACAACCUGGGCUUAGACUGGUAUCGUCAAAAAAUGCCCUACUCGUUCGCCGAUCAAGUAACCAUCGAAAAAAGUCCGAGCUACUUUGUAACGCCGGAAGUACCGGAAAGAAUUCGUGCCAUGAAUGCCAGUGUAAGGUUGUUGUUGAUACUAAGAGAGCCGGUCACCAGGGCUAUAUCGGAUUAUACUCAAUUGAAAAGUCACGCCGCUUCCACUACCCCUAUUACCAAGUACAGUGUGCAAAAGUCGUUUGAAGAAUUGGCCAUCAAACCGGAUGGUGAAGUCAAUGCUAGUUAUAGACCUAUUGCCAUAUCAAUCUACCACACCUACAUGCUACAAUGGCUCGAAGUAUUUCCGCGAAAUCAAAUGCUAAUCGUAAGCGGCGACCGGCUCAUCGAAGAUCCGAUAUCCGAAGUGCAGAAAAUCGAAUCGUUCCUCGGCCUAGAAUCCAAAAUCACCAGAGAUAAUUUCUACUUCAAUCAAACGAAGGGCUUUUACUGUUUGAAAAUCAACGGCAGCGAAAGAUGUUUACGAGAAAGUAAAGGUCGAAAACAUCCCAGAGUCGAUCCUCUAGUCGUAUCCAAACUGAGAAAAUUCUUCAACGAUCAUAAUCAAAGGUUAUACGAAUUAAUCGGCGAAGAACUCGGUUGGCCUGAGAAUUAAUUUUUAUUCUGCGUUUUUUGCAUUUUCCCCCUCAAUUGUUUCAUUUUCAAUUUUUUUGUUUUCGUUUUAAUGCGAGUUUUUCCCAAAGGUAUGGAUUGGAAUGCAACAUGGUGGAGGUAUCGAAUUGGUAAUAAUCUGUGAUUUUUUAGCAAAUUCAUACAUAUCAGUAGUUUUAAGAUUUACUUACCUUUUUUUCUCUUGUUUGUUUUUCAUUCAUAUCGAAUUAAUCCGAUACCUACCAUUUUUAAUAUUUCCUGUUUUCUUUUUCGUCAUCCCUUCUAUACUCUUAAAUAGGAACUUAUAAUCAAAUUUUCGUGACCUGACUUUUUAAUUACCUAUUAGGUAUUCAAAAACAUACCACAACAUACCAUCAAAUAGUAAUUUUGGUACGAGAAUAAAUUUUAAUCACGUAAUUGUCUCGUGCCCCGUAAGUAUUUUUUAAAAUUACCAUCGAAUAAAUAUUUACCGUUUAUCAAGCCCUUUGAAAAUGCCUCAUUAUUUUUUAAAUACACGCCUACCUACUCGAUUAUUAUUAUAAAAAUGCCACCACUGAAGGUGGCUUUUUUGGUGGUUUGUGGACAGGCAUAGUCGUUGGAGGGAGAAAAGAAUAGGUGCCUACCUAACUAAAAGUACAGCAAAUGGUGUCAACAAACAAACGAAUUUUGUAAUUAUAAUGAACGUUCGUGUUUAGUAAAUUGAUUCCAGCUCGUUUCCCAUCUACGUUCUUCUCUUUUGUAUUUUUUACUUAUUGUGUGAAAAAUUUCAAGUGUUUCGUCGAGUUUUGUUUUUUUCCCCCAAAGUGUUGUCGAACAGGGUUUCAUUAACGUAAUUGUAGUUUUAUCAUAGGAAAUAAUUGUUUAGAGUGAGAUUGAUGAAGGAAAGAAUUCGAGGGAGGGUUUUUUUUUUAGAGGGGAUGUUAUAAAUAGAAAAUACGAGUCUUUUUUAAUGGAAUUUUUCGGCGAUUUAAUUAUUCUAGCAGUUUUUUUAUUUCUUGUGCUUUUUUUUUUAAAUAAGAAAAUUUUAUUUAUUUUCAAUUUUUAUCAAUUACCAAACUUUGAAAGCUCGUGUCUCCAAGCUGGAUAAAAUUUUGGGAGGUGAAAGGUUCCUUGAUUUUGAACCAAAUUUUGGUAAAUAUUUUGAAGUUGAAUGGCAAAAUAAUCAUUAGGCACUCCAGUGGAGCUCAACUCGUCUCUGUGAAUUGCAAUCCAAAAACGCGGAGUCAAGAUUAAUAAAAAAUUUUAAUUACUAUAAAAAUGAGUUGAAAUAUCACGAAAAAUUUGAUGAUUUUUGGAAAUCUUGAAAAAGUGUGAUGCAAUCUAUAAAAAUGAGUCAAAAUUUCAUGAAAAAUUAUAACAUUGCGAAAACAUUUUUUGAUCGUUUUCGAAGAAUAUUUUUUGAGUCGAAAUUUUUUCGAGAUUUUUGAAAAAGUGUCAUCCGAUCAAUUGAAAUGAGUCGAAAUUUUGUGCAAAAUUCAAAUAACUCAACGAAAAUACUUCUUGAGCAUUUUUGAAAAAUUUUGAGCGCUAAAUUGGGUCCCGAUUUAUGAGAUUUUUGAAAAAGUAGUUGCAUUUUAUGCAAUCUAAAUAGAUUAAAAUUUAAGAAGAAAUUUUGAUAUUGUAAUGAAAUUUUUUUGAGCAUUUUUGAAGAAUUUUGAGCACAAAUUUUUUUCAUGAUUUUUGGGAUUUUUGAAAAAUAAUCUUGCGACCUAUCGAAAUGGUGUGAGAGGGAUAUAUGCCGUUCCUGUAAGGGAUAUUAGGGACAGAUUACCACCCUUGUGGUGGUAACACUGAACAGCGUCGCGAGCUGGACGUCGAGUCCGGUGAUCGGCGCUGCGGCCGUUAUUCGUCAUGUACUACUGUGUAGUGUCGGGUCAGUUAAUUUGAGUUUAUUGGGCACGUUCGCGUGAAUGGUUAAUUUGAACUUAUUAUUUCUUUGUAAUGUCAAUUUGAGUUUAUAUGGUUAAUUUGAGUUUAUCAGUGUAUUAAUUGUGUUAAACGGUUUCGCCGAAGAAGGCAAUUAUUAUAUUAUUGUUUCAUUGUGUAAUUGUGUUUAAAUCGACAUGUAUCGUAAUUGAAUACAUAAUUCUACCAACA